UUGCUGCUCAUCGCAUCAAUUGAUUGCCAAAGUUCGGAGGAAUGUUUCGAGCCAACAGCAACUUGUGAUCCUGGAUUUGUGACAAUUCAACGCACUCCAAAUGCCGCCAAUAAAUUCACCAGCAAAUUUUGCUUGAAAAUCGUUGGCUCUUCGAAUGCUCUCAGUAAUUCUGAUGCUGAAGAUCUUUGUUCGAGGGACGGCGCAAAAUUGGCAAUGUUUGAGAGUCUUGAGGAGCAGAACUUGUUUAGCGAAUGUGAGUUGGGCGAUGCGUGUGCGUCGCGGUUCAGCUUCUCUGCGUCUCUACCUCCAGAGUGCACGGCAAUUUGCCCCCUCGGGUCAGACGAGAGACGACGGGAGUCUAAUGACGUCAUCAAAGACGAGAUAUUUUUGAAAAAAUACCGUAUUUUGUUUCAAGGAACACACAUUUUAUUGAAAAUAUCUCGCCACGAAAUUCACUUUUGGGAUAUUUUCACAAAAUACUCUCGUCGUCUCGCGUCUGCCUCAACAGGCACCAUGUAUGGUCGUAAGUGUUAUCUAUGUCUAGCUACACUGCGUCUCUAACCCUAGAGUGCUAUAUAAUUCUCUAGCCUCUCUGCGUCUCUAAUCAUAUUAUGAUAUCUGAUUGUCUAGCGUCUUCAACUACAGAGUGCUAUCUAACUGUCUAGCUUCUCUGCGUCUCUAACCUCCUAUGCUAUGUAUUCAGAUCUCCAAAAAAAUGUUCACAUCCGAAUCGACGGCUCUCGCCGAAUCGAAUGCAUCCUGCCCGACGAUCUCAAAAACAAGGAAAAGUGUUCGCCUCAGCGGGUAGACUUAGGCUAACUAUAUUUUCACGACUCAAAAACCAUUUGCAGGCAUUCAUCGCGCUUCACGAAGGCACCGAUCCAACAUUCACAUUCAACAAUUGGUACAUCUACAAUCCGAAUCACAAUUAUGUGUAAGUUUUCUGGGUGUUGUCGGUUGCGAUGCGGCACGCGUCGCUGAGCCGCGUCGCAACCGACGACAUUUAGAAAUAUCGAUGAACGAUGCUUGAUUCUUGUGAAUGGUCGGGAAACUGGCGAUAUAUCGUGCAAUGCUUUGCCGAACAAUGAAUAUGGAGCUUAUAAGGCGUUGUGUGGCAAACUUCCAAAUUGA